GCGCUAUUUAGACGCCGCAGAAGUGCCGGGAGAGUCCCCACCCUUCAGGUAUUUGGGGGAAAGCGAGCGUCACCAAAGCCCCUCUCGACUCAAGAUUCCGAAAUGCGGGAGCGGCACGCGGGGCUGCGCGCCUUUCCUGCGGGUCCAGACGGAGGACUGCGCGCCGGAGGCACGAUUCAUUUACAGGAAGGGGGUGAUGGCUGGGGCCGGCAGAAUUCUCCUCGGCUGCCCCUCACCCACCGGGCGUCUCUUACUCUCCAGCUUAGGUCGUCUACUUUGGGGGUCCCCAAGAAUAGCCACCCCCAAACCCGGUACCUGGGAAGUACGCCCCCUCGAGGGAGGGACACUGGCAGGCAUCUGGUGCUACCUUUCGGGACCAACCCCACUUGGUCUAGACUGGCGAUAUCCACAGCGCCUGGACACACCCGCUUUUUGGCCGCGGGGGAGCGGUUCAGCCCUGCUCAGACCUAGUCUGCGCGCGUCGCUCCCCCGCGUCGCGCCCUGUGCUGAGCCGUGGCCGGAGGUGGCGCUCUGUGAGCCCCGCGGCUCCCGACGCAGAACCCAGGAGCUCCUCCUGAGCGUCUCCUUUCUCUUCUUUCCACCUCUCGGUUCCCAGCUCAGGGUGCAGCCCAGCCUUCCGCGAGGGAGUGGGGACUCGGGGGGUGCGGGGUUCACAAGAGAGAGAUGAGGCAGGCUGCAGUCCCCUCCCUGACCAGGGUUCGUUCCCACCUCGAAAUGUGGGUGGAGGUUCCUUUUUCAGGUGCCCAGGCUUCGGAUCCUGGGCGGGGGCGCGUGGCAGCCGCCAGGUGAGUGCCCCAGACGCGCCCUUAAGCCAGCCCCACCUCUCCCUAGAGACUCACUCCCCCUCCUUUUAUGGAGAGGGGGAAGGCAGGGGCCCUGGAUCCAGACGGUGGAAAGCGGCCGAGCGCCGGGGCGGGGGCCGGGCCGGCUCUCGUGCCCUUUUUGGCGCAGCAGCUCUGGGCGCUGCCCUCUGCUGCUGCUGGGGCCCGGGAGAGGCGAGCCGGCGGCGGCAGCGCUUCUGCGGCGGCCUCCUCCCCUCCCCGCCCGGUGCCGCAGGAUUGCAGCUGGCACUGGAGGGUGGGCAAGCUCGAGGGAGGGGCGCGCGGGGAACCCUGCCGCCUGUGCUCGGAGCCGGGCGCCGGGCUUUGAUGGAUUUGGCUGCCUGCGUGAACGCGAGUGUGCUCACUGCAGUAGCGGUGGCGGCCUGGCCCUGCCGGGCCCUCAAGACCCCCCGCACGCUUCCGAGGAGCCCGGCUGGAGCGCCCGCCCUGCGGCCUCGCCUCCCCGCCGAGCCGCCAGCGCCUCGGGACGCGAUGAGGACCUGGGCUUGCCUGCUGCUCCUCGGCUGCGGAUACCUCGCCCAUGCCCUGGCCGAGGAAGCUGAGAUCCCCCGCGAGCUGAUCGAGCGGCUGGCCCGUAGUGAGAUCCACAGCAUCCGCGACCUCCAGCGACUCCUGGAGAUAGACUCCGUAGGAGCCGAGGAUGCCUUGGGAACCAGCCUGAGAGCCCACCGGGCCCACGCCACCAAGCAUGCGCCCGAGAAGCGGCCUGUGCCCAUUCGGAGGAAAAGGAGCAUCGAGGAAGCCAUUCCUGCUGUCUGCAAGACCAGGACGGUCAUUUACGAGAUACCUCGGAGCCAGGUGGACCCCACGUCUGCCAACUUCCUGAUCUGGCCGCCGUGCGUGGAGGUGAAGCGCUGCACCGGCUGCUGCAACACGAGCAGUGUCAAGUGCCAGCCCUCGCGGGUCCACCACCGGAGCGUCAAGGUGGCCAAGGUGGAAUACGUCAGGAAGAAGCCACGGUUGAAAGAGGUCCAGGUGAGGCUGGAGGAGCACUUGGAGUGUGCUUGCGCACCCUCCAGCCUGAGUCCAGACCACCGGGAAGAGGAGACCGAUGUGAGGUGAGGAUCAGCAGCAGCCCUCUCCUGGGACACGGAUGUACAUGGCGUGUUACAUUCCUGAACCUACUAUGUACGGUGCUUUAUUGCCGGCGUGCGGUCUUUGUUCUCCUCCGUGAAAAACUGUGUCCAAGAGCACUCUGGAGAACAAAGAGACAGUGUACAUUUGUUCAGUGUGACAGCAAAGCAAGUAUUGUAGCACUCGGAGAAACUGUAAGCUUCCUUGUCAGAGAGAGAGAGAGAGAGAGAGAGACAGAGAGAGAGAGAGAGAGAGAAAA